GAUAACGGAUACAGGUGGGAGAACAUCUUGAGUGGGCAGGUAUUGCAGAUCGGCAGGGAACGGAGGAAAGGAGACGAUGCCAGGGAGAAAAGAGCUUAGGGAAGAUGAUGAAUGAACAGAAGUCCAUGCUGCAGGUGACCAGCGAAAAUAUACCACGUGUGAAGACAAUGAGGCUACCUCACGGUCAGUAUUGAGCCGCUUCCGCCUGUGGUGGUGGGCGAUGCCGUGACUUUGAAAUGUAACUUCAAGACCGACGGCAGGAUGCGGGAAAUCGUCUGGUAUCGGGUAACUGAUGGUGGCACCAUCAAGCAGAAAAUCUUCACCUUCGAUGCCAUGUUCUCCACCAACCAAUCGCACAUGGAGAACUAUCGCAAGAGGGAGGACCUCGUCUACCAGUCCACAGUGAGACUCCCCGAAGUCCGAAUUUCAGACAACGGACCCUACGAAUGUCACGUGGGAAUUUACGAUAGGGCGACGCGGGAGAAGGUGGUCUUGGCAUCAGGCAACAUCUUCCUCAGCGUGAUGUCACCUCCCACAUCCAUCUCGGUCUUUGCUGUGGACACCCCAGCUCCCUUCAGCCGCUACCAGGCCCAGAAUUUUACCUUGGUCUGCCUUGUCUCUGGCGGGAAACCUGCCCCCACGGUUUAUUUCAAGAGGGAUGGGGAGUUCAUACAGGGUAUCCCUCUCACGGAGCCCCCUGUCGACGCUGCUGGGUUGCAGGACAGCCGAGCUUCCCGGAAUCUCUUUCAUCGGGACCUGGAUGACACCAAGAUGCAGAAGUCCCUGUCUCUGUUGAACGAGGAGGACCGGGGCGGGAGGCUGCACACCGAGGACCCCUUUCAAGGUCUCACCUCUGACCAGGGACUGUUGCUGAGCCCCACCACCGAGAAUAUCCCUGAGACCGUGGUGAGCCGGGAGUUCCCGCGGUGGAUCCAGAACGCAGACCCCACUUAUUUCUUCCACCACACCCACAUCCCCAUCAGCGACGGCACCGUGGAGGUGCGGGCCAUGCUUAUGUGGACGCUUAAUCCUCAGAUAGACAAUGACGCCCUCUUUAGUUGCGAAGUCAAGCAUGACGCCCUCUCUAUGCCCAUGCAGUCCGAGGUUACUCUAGUGGCUCCCAAGGGUCCCAAAAUUAUGAUGACCCCAACGAGAGCCCGCGUUGGAGACACGGUCCGCAUCCUGGUCCAAGGGUUUCAGAACGAAGUCUUCCCGGAGCCCAUGUUCACUUGGACCCGUGUCGGGAGCCGGCUUCUGGAUGGCAGCACCGAACACGAGGGAAAGGAACUGGUGCUGGAACGCGUGCCAGCCGAACUGAACGGUUCGAUGUAUCGCUGCACCGCGCAGAACCCCCUUGGAUCCACAGAUACCCACACCAGGCUGAUGGUUUUCGAAAACCCAAAUAUCCCAAGAGGAAUGGAAGACUCCAAUGGUUCUCCAACCCGCCAGUACAGCUGCAGACUUUUUCUGGCCAUCAUCUUUACAGUUACUUUGGAACUGACGUGAAAGGGUUCAUUUUUCGAAUCCAGGUUUUCCUCCCCAGACAGCUCUGUCAAGCCUCCAUGUCUCUGUUGACCGAUUUUCUAUUCUUUUCCUUUCCUUUUCUAAAUUAUUUACAGUCUUGUUAUCAGCCUCUUUCUGUCUGUGUCUUGGCUUUGUCAUCCAGUUUAAUUAAAAACAAACAAUACAGAAAAUCCACCACGGUAACAACAUCUUA